AUGGUGACGGGCGAAUGGGCUCUCCUACUGUGGAAAAUGCACGUAGCCCAACAACUGCAUACUUUUCAGGCGAAGUCAGUGCAGGAACUCGUCUCUAACCCUGAUCAAAACGAUUUCCGUAAAACUCCAGUUGACUUCUCGAAGCUGUUUCGGCCAGGGCGACUUCUGAACGCCCUCCGACAAGUGACGGCAAGAUCGAGCGGUUGUACGAUGGACAUGCUGCGGCUCUCUUCUGCAUGGGAUUCGUCACUCAUCGCAAAUGAUAUUUCGAUCCAAGUUCAGGUUAGAAAUUUGACACAAUUGCAAGCUAGUCCCGAUCCAAAUGUUUGGUCCAUGAAUUCGCAAGGUAAAACUCAAAGAAUUCGCCUUCAGGGGAUCCUCCUACAAGGAGCGCUAUUCGAUGGCCAACUUCGUGACACCGUGGUCAGUACUCCACCAGUCACCACCGCUCCGCAGCUAACACUUGGUUGGACGAAAAUCGGAUCUCCAACACAAUACAAGGAGAGCGAAUCUGUGUCUGUACCGCUUUACACCGACGUUACACGCAGUGAAUACAUCGCUACCGUAGCGAUGCCAUGUUCGGAUGUCCACAAAUGGAAUAUUGCAGCUGUGGCAUUAUUUUUGAGAUAG